GUGCGGGGCGCGCGCGGCGGGGGCGGAGACUGCGCGGGGCGGGCGGUGCAGGAGCGCGGCUGUGGCCGGCCGCGGGGCCCGGGCGGCGGGCAUGUAGCUGCCGGGCUGGCCGGGCCGGGCCGCUGGCGGCGACAUGGACGAGGAGGGCAAGAAGGGCAAGAAGCCUGGCAUCGUGUCGCCGUUCAAACGCGUGUUCCUCAAAGGCGAGAGGAGCCGGGACAAGAAGGCGCACGAGAAGGUGACGGAGCGGCGGCCCCUGCACACGGUGGUGCUGACCCUGCCGGAGCGCGUGGAGCCCGACCGGCUGCUGAGCGACUACAUCGAGAAGGAGGUGAAGUACUUAGGUCAGCUGACGUCCAUACCAGGAUACCUGAACCCCUCGAGCAGGACGGAAAUCCUGCACUUCAUAGACAAUGCCAAGAGAGCCCACCUGCUCCCUGGCCACUUGACCCCAGAGCACGAUGCUGUGAUCAGCCUGUCUGCCUACAACGUCAAGCUGGCCUGGAGGGACGGGGAGGACACCAUCCUCAGGGUCCCCAUCCACGACAUCGCAGCUGUGUCCUACGUGCGGGACGACGCCUCGCACCUGGUGGUCUUGAAGACAGCGCAGGGCCCUGGCGUCUCCCCCAGCCAGAGCCUGUGUGCAGAAGGUUCCAGAGGCCUCUCAGCCGGCUCCCUGUCGGAGAGCGGAGUGGGGCCCGUGGAGGCGUGCUGCCUGGUGAUCCUGGCGACCGAGAGCAAGGUGGCCGCAGAGGAGCUGUGCUCCCUGCUCGGGCAGGUCUUCCAGGUUGUCUACACGGAGUCCACCAUCGACUUUCUGGAUAGAGCCAUAUUCGACGGCGCCUCCACGCCCACCCACCACCUGUCCCUGCACAGUGAUGACUCCUCCACCAAAGUGGACAUGAAGGAGCCCUACGAGAUGGACGCCAGCACUUUUGCCUUCCCCGAAUGUGUGCACCCGGGCGGCGUGUCCCCCUCGUCCUUUGGCAUGCCAGCGUCUCCCCACGCCAAGACGGCCAGCGAGAGUGAGCUGAGCGCCAGUGCCGCCGAGCUGCUCCAGGACUACAUGCUGACCCUGCGUACCAAGCUCUCAUCCCAGGAGAUCCAGCAGUUCGCGGCGCUGCUGCACGAGUACCGGGACGGGGCGUCCGUGCACGAGUUCUGCAUCAACCUGCGGCAGCUCUACGGCGACAGCCGGAAGUUCCUGCUGCUCGGUCUGCGGCCCUUCAUCCCCGAGAAAGACAGCCAGCACUUUGAGAACUUCCUGGAGACCAUCGGCGUCAAGGACGGCCGCGGCAUCAUCACCGACAGCUUCGGCCGGUACCGGCGGGCCGUGAGCUCCGCCUCCGCCUCCAACGGCAGCAGGGCGGCUGGGAGUUCCGACGACCAGUCUGCCCCCUCCGAGGGCGACGAGUGGGACCGCAUGAUCUCGGACAUCAGCAACGACAUCGAGGCGCUGGGCUGCAGCAUGGACCAGGACUCUGCGUGACGUGCCCGCGGCCUCGGUG